AUGGGAAGUGGCAUCAUCUCAAUGAAAGAUGUCGUCCUCGAUCGCAAGGUUCUCAAUGAACGAUUCGUAGCUGGAUUGCCAUUCAAAUUCGAACAGGUCACCAUUGAGAGUAUCGACUUUGAGAUCCCGCUACUCAAUAUCAAUAGCAUGCCAAUACGUGUUAGAGUCAAAGGAAUUGAAGUAAUCUUGACAGCAAACAACAGUAGCAGCAGCAACAACAACGAUAGAUCAGAAACAGAUACCGAAAACAACAGCAAUAACAAUAAUAAUGGUGGUUAUUCUAGUAUUUCACUAAGUAAUAGCUCUUCAGAUGAACAACUCUCGAUGAUGUCAUCGACGAUACGACAGCUGAUGGUGAGCGACGAUCAAUCAACUAUGGAUAGUAGCAUCACUUCUGACAACUUCAGACCGGAAGACAAUGACGAAGUAUUCGACAGCAUGCAAUCGAAAAUCUUUGACAUCUUGUCGAAUGGCAUUGUAGAGAUUGAGAAUCUUUCGAUAUUCAUCCAGACACCUAGCUCCACCUCCACUUUGGAGUUGAACAUUCUCUCUGCUAUCUUUUCCUACGAGAAACCAAGUGCAGGUCAAGAUCAAACAAUGGAAGAGACACCAUUCGGUGGCGGUAGUGAUUCAAAUACUACUGGUGCUACUAGUGCUUCGGACUUGAAACCAAAGCUAGAGUUUAAUCAGUUAUCGAUGAUGAUUCACAAGAAAGAUGAGUCGGUCAACGCCGAGUUGAACAAACAGUAUUUCUUUGGGUCAAGAGUGAUAAAGGAAGGCGGUGCACUGAACUCAUUGUUUAUCUCCCAAUCCACCGAGAAUGAGUUGAUAGUGGACAUCAAGUUUAACUCUAGUAUCAAUGGAUCGUUUGGACAGGAGCAGCUCAAUGAGCUGCUGGAUCUUAUCAAUCGACUAUCCGAUGCUCUUACCAUAGUGGAUGAUAUGACAACAACGACAACAACGACAACUAGCAAUAGUCAAUCAAAACUAAAACAAAAGACACAACCCAAAGAUGUUUCAGUUAGAGUUUCAAUUCCGCGACUGGACUAUCUCGUCAGUCUUCCACUUCUUCGUGAUACAGUCUGCACAAAGCCAGAUUUUAAAAUACAUUUCAUCGGUGAAAACACAUUGAUUCAGUAUUCCAAGAGAUACCUUCCAGGAACUGAUGACUCGAUCACUGUUGCAGAGUUGUCAUUCGAUUCGAUUGAAGUCAACUUGCUACCGACCGGAGAUAUUCAAUCAAAGUAUCGUUGCCUCUAUUUACAUGGAAGUGACGGUGACGACUUGACCGAAUCUACGAACCAUACGGAUCGCAUUCUUCCCAAGAUAACCAUUGUACAGAAACCUCAUGGCUACAUCAUCGACGACAUUGACGAAUCGAAAUAUGUCGACAAUCCAUUCUUAACUUUCAAAUCACCUGUAUCUCUUUCAAACCAUUCCAUCGAGCAAGCCAACAGACUUUCAUCAGUGUUAAUAGAUUGCCAACUACCAGAUUGUCUACUUAGCUUAUACAAAUCAGACUAUGAGUGUUUACUAAAUGCAUUCUCAUUUACCUCUGAUCAGCCUCAAACCUCUACAAUGCUAUUUACCCUAUCAACUAAAGUUACAAUCGAAUUGAAAUUUGAUAAACAUUUAAUUGCCAAUUCAAACGAUCCAGAUAAAGUUCAAGUAUUUAAAUUGUUGACUGGUGACUUGAAUCUUUUGGUGGCAAUGGGAUAUCCAUCCGAUUUAAAACAAAAGGAUCUCUACGACUCAAUGUUUAUCUACCUAUCACUUAGUUCCCUUGAUACGAUUGCAUCUUGUAUCUCAAGAGAACAACUUUUCUUUAGUAGUAGAAGUGAUUUAGAUGGAAUUGAGCUGAUGAUUGCUUCACAUGGAGUUACCAUCAAUAAUCAAUUUGAACUUUCAAUCUCUGAGAUUUGUUUUGUUCCUUCAAUGAGAUUGAUUACUGAUUUCUUGGACUGGAUCAAAGUUGAAAAGAUAAAUAAUGAAAAUACAGACAUUGAAGCAUCAGUCAUUUAUAACCCCAACAAUAACAACAACAACAAUAAUAAUAAUAACAAUCAAAAAACAACAACUCUUAGUCCCUAUCAUAUUGAACUGGUGAAUUGUACAGCAAAAUUCUUCACCAGAGAAACAAAAUCACAAAUUAUGUUGUUAUAUGAAAAACUAAGUAUUUUGGUUGCACCAGAAGGUAAAGAGGAUGAUCUUUGUUUGGUUUUCCAACCAGUCCAGAUAUUAUUUAGAGAUGCAUCGGAUGAUAUCUACUCUUUUGAACGUAUUCAAAAUUUCCAAACUAUUGGAUUCAGCACCAAAGAGCUCAUGAUCUAUCUAAAGAAUGUUACUGCCUCUGAAAAAGGAAUCAAGGUAGAGAUUCUAUCGAAUACUUACCAAUUGGAGGUCGAUAAGAAUACCUAUCAUAAAGUCACCAAAACAAUACCUAUUUUCCUACAAAAGGUAUUUGAAAGAAUAGUAAUAUCCAAUCAAGAUGCUUUGAUAAAUGAUAAUAUUGCCAAGUUUAUGAAAAGUCAGAUCAAUACAACACCCAACAUGAUUGAUGACUAUGGUGCCAGUAAGAUUGCACCAUCUUCAACAUCAACAUCAACACCCAUUUCAGUUAGAAACAAGUUUGAUAAUGAUGAAAUCGAUGAGUUGGAGGAUUUCGAGAUGAUACAGUCAGAGCUUGAUCUAAAGCGAACGAUGGAGAUUGUAAUGUUGGACGUGAAUCUCAAAUGUAAAUUAUUCGAUAACCAAAGAAAAGAUCAUAUCAUUGUGGAGGUAGCGAUAUCUGAGCUUUUGCUUCAAAACUAUGAAACCCAAAAUGAAUCGACCUACAGCAGCUCCAUCAGAUUAAACAUUUCAGAGUUGUUCAUUCGUGACUGUAUCAAUCAAUCUCCAUACCAAAACCUUUUCGGUCCACUCUCUUUCUACAACAAAAAGAAAAACAACCAAUAUCUAAUAUCACUGGUGCUUUACUCGAGAAAGGAUAGUUUCGAAAGAGAUCACUACAACGUCAAGGUUUUCGUUGAUCCACUCUUUAUUCAAGCAUUCCAAUCAUCGGUUGACUUUAUAUUGGAUUUCUUUUUACAUAGCAACAACCCCAACAGCAAUAAUAAUAAUAACAACAAUGAAGAAGAUAAACCAAACCCAAAUAAUAAUAACAUUGAUAAUAGUAACAAAGAAGAUACAGUUAUAUUUGAUGGAGUUGAGAUUUUCCCACUUUCAGUAAGAAUAGAUUACAAACCAAAAUCAUUACAUCACCCAGACAGUGAGGAAAACUUUUCCUCAUUCACAAGUGGCGAAUAUGUUUGGAUGUUCAGUAUGAUUCCUCUCAACGAAGCCAUGUUUACUUUCCCAAAGGUCGAACUUGAGAAUAUCCCACAGUCAAAGUUGGUCGAGUGUAUACUCGGAAUCUAUUAUCCCAAUAUUUUAAAUACCAAUGUCUUCCAAUACUUGACGGGUGUGGCUCCAGUGAAAAUUCUAUUCAAUGUUGGAUCUGGAAUUACUGCUCUUGUUCGCCAACCGAUUAAAAGAGCAAGAGGUCCCGAGGGUGUUAUCGUUGGAGUUGGAAAAGGAGUCGGAAUGGGUAUCACAACUUUGACAGUCGAGCUUCUAUCUGCAUCUGCUUCUGUUGUAAAAGCAGGUUCAUCAUUACUCAAAGCCUUUACUAGCAGUUCUCAAGAGAAAAGCUUGACCAGACAACAACAACCCGAUUCCAUCUCACAAGGCGCACAAAGAGCUGUCAGUCAAGUGUUUGGUGGUUUUAGAAAUGCAGCGAUGGGUAUCUUGUACAAACCUAUUGAAAACUAUAAAUCUGACGGUGCCAAGGGAUUCCUCUCUGCAUUGCUGUGGGGUGUUCCUCGAGUGGUUGUAGAUCCAGUGGUUGGUGUCGCCGAAGGUUUCACCACAUUUUCAACCAGUAUCCGAAAUUCCCUAGACUCUUCACGAAUCAUCAAUGAAAGGAAGAAAUAUAAAAAUGUGAAACAAUAA